UCAACUCAGGUUAGCGAUCACCUCGGUCAGGACACGGUUAACAAGAGAGCCUCUCUCUCUACAUUUCUUACUUUCUCUCUCCUCUCUCUUUCUCUUUCUCUCACUAGGUACGAUACAUCAUAUUAUUCCACACGCUGCAGAGGCCGAGAGGCACAGGGCAAGGAGCAAGAGGGGAAGGGGGGUGGGUUUAUGUAUAAAGAGGGGAGAGGUUUUGUGUGAAAGCAUCGGCCAUGGCGGACUCGAGCGACUCGGUUUCACUCGAUAUCGAGACGAUACCGCUCGGUGGGAAGGAAUAUAUAGUGCAGACUAGCAAGGGUUCAAUCUCUGUGUUUGUAUGUGGUGACCAAGAUAAGCCCCCUCUCAUUACAUACCCUGACGUUGCUCUCAAUUAUAUGUCUUGUUUUCAAGGGCUCUUCUUCUGUCCUGAAGCUGCUUCCUUAUUGCUCCAUAACUUCUGCAUUUACCAUAUUGAUGCGCCUGGUCACGAGUUGGGAGCUGCUGCCAUUGAUUCUGAUAUCCCUGUUCCAACUGUUGAUGAUCUCGCCAACCAGGUUGCCGAAGUGCUUGACUUCUUUGGGCUUAAUGGGGUCAUCUGCUUGGGUGUCACAGCAGGAGCCUACAUCCUUACACUUUUCGCGAUGAAAUACAGAGAACGGGUUCUCGGUUUGAUAUUAGUCUCCCCUCUUUGUAAAGCACCUUCUUGGACAGAAUGGUUUUACAAUAAGAUUUUUGAUCUGCAGGUAAUGUCUAAUUUGCUUUAUUACUAUGGUAUGUGUGGUGUACUGAAGGAAUUCUUGCUCCAGCGAUACUUUAGUAAGGAAGUUCGGGGUAGCACACAAGGUACAGAAUCAGACAUAGUCCUAGCAUGUCGAAGGUUACUGGAUGAGAGACAAAGUGUGAACGUAUCUCGUUUUCUACAAGCUGUCAGUCAGAGAUAUGACCUCACCGAUGGCCUGAAGAAGUUGCACUGCAGGACACUCAUUUUUGUAGGGGACAACAGUCCCUUCCAUGCUGAGGCCCUCCACAUCAAUGCCAAAAUGGACAGAAAAUACAAUGCCUUGGUUGAGGUUCAAGCUUGUGGAUCGCUUGUAACAGAGGAGCAACCACAUGCAAUGCUCGUCCCGAUAGAGUAUUUCUUAAUGGGAUAUGGGUUCUAUAGGUCCACAUUGAGCCCCGUUUCACCCCUAUCGUACACAGGCUCGAGCCCACUGAGCCCAGCAAGUCCCCCGUGUAUCUGCCCUGAGCUUCUUUCACCCGAGAGCUUAGGCGUCAAGCUCAAGCCUAUCAAGACCCGAGUUACCGCCUCUACGAUGGAGUUAUAGCAGGGUGUAAAAGAGCAGCAAGCUGUGAUGUAGUAUAUGUAUUUUGGAAGGCAGAAUUGGGGCUCUAACACUCUUUAAAGAGGGAGAGAGAAAUGAAGGGGAAGUUGUAGAUAGGAAGGGGAGAUUUUUGAGUUUGGAGGAUGUAUUCUUUUGGGUAAAGAGGGAGAUUAGUGAUGAAAUUCAUUUUGUAGAGACCUUUUCUUGUAUCGAUACUAUGCAGAAAUAAAAAACUGUGCCCAUUGAGUGGAUA